AUGGUGCCAUCGCCACGGCCCCGGGCCAGCUACAGCCUGACGGGGGUGACCCCGGCCAGCACGGUGCUGGUGUACCGCAACGGGGACCCCUUCUAUUUGGGCAGGAAGUUCGUGAUCCACGAUCGCUACGUGAGGACUUUCGAGGCGCUGAUAGCCCAGUUGAAUGAAGGGGUGGAGGUGCCCUUUGGGGUGAGGACUCUAUACACCCCCCAGGAAGGGCACCGCGUCCGCAACCUGUCCGACCUAAAACAGGGCGGGAAAUACGUGGCCGCUGGGCGGGAAAGGUUUAAAAAACUGGAUUAUAUUCAUAUAGGCAUAAAAAAACCACAAAGACGAAAGAAGGUAGUGGUGAUUAAACCAGUAGUUCAUAGUAAAAUACGUGUGCCUUCCAGGUGGCAAUUGAUCAGUAAUAAGCCACGUAAUAUCAAUGUUUUCACAAAUGGAGAUAUGCUUAUACCACCUAUAAAAUUUAUCAUACCCAGGUUUACUCUGAAAAACUGGAAUUGCGUCCUUGCACUAAUAAAUGAAAAAAUCUUUCCUCGCUCCGGUGGUGUUCAUAGGCUGUACACAUUGGAUGGUCAUGCUGUACGUAACUCAGAUGGCUUAGAAGAUAAUCAUUAUUAUGUUGCAGCGGGCAAAGAGAAGUUUAAAUCUUUGCCAUACUGGCGUUCUUCCAGAGUUUCACCAGAAGUUCAGCGCAGAUAUGGUGAGUCUCCAAAAAGGCCCAGAAAGAAAAAGGCAAGAUCAGAGAAACACAGUGCAAGUCAACCUUCAUGCAAACAUUCAGCAAAAUCACAAAAAAGUCCCAAACCAGCAGAUGGAAAAGCACCCUCAGUUUUUUAUGCCAAAGAAAGCAAAGAAGUCAAGAAGGCAAGACCUGAAAGGACUACACCCCUGGGAUCUGAUAAGGCACCAAGUAUUUUUAAAGCUGGUAAACCCCGAGGAGAAGUUCAAGGGGCAGCAGAGGUACAAGAAGACAAAAAUCUGAAAGUGGAGAUGCCUAUCGAUCAGGUUCCAGCUCAGAUUGUCCAAGAGGAAGAAAUUGUGGCACCUUCCAGUACUCCUGCUGAUGAGGUUGAGGAAGGUGGCAGUCCCUAUGAGGAUAUUGAGAAAAAGGAAAAGAAGAAAGAAUGGAGCUUCAAAAAUAUGUUUGGAUUCUUUCUCAAAAAGCCUGGAGAAGACAAAAAGGGAGAAUCCGAACAAAACCAGCCUGCGGAGGAACCCCUACCAGAACAACUUAAUGAAAAAAAAGGAACAUAA